GACGUUUACGCCAGUGUAUCUCGCUCUCUGUCCUUGCUCGGUUGCUACUGCCCCCUCCCAGCUUCUGCGCAGCCCAUAGAAACAGAGCUUCUAAUUCAAAACAGCUUCUUCUUUUUUUUUUUUUUUCUACUUUUCUUAACCAUGUCGAAUAUAGUUCUCUUUGAGGAUAUUUUUCUGGUUGAUAAACUGAAUCCAGAUGGUAAAAAGUUUGAUAAAGUUUCGCGUAUUGAAGCACACAGCCAGAACUGUGACAUGUUCAUGCAUUUAGAUGUGAACACAGAAAUAUAUCCAAUGGCUGUAGGUGAUAAAUUCACUAUGGCAUUGGCGCACACUCUAAAUUUAGAUGGAACACCUGACACUGGGUAUUACAUUCAGGGAGCGAGGAAGACCCUUGCAGACAAAUAUGAAUACAUAAUGCAUGGAAAGCUAUACAAGAUCUCAGAGGAAGGUUCAGGAAAAGCAGUUAAAGCGGAGAUAUAUGUUUCAUAUGGUGGACUUCUAAUGAUGCUGAAAGGAGAUCCUUCUCAUGUCUCUCACUUCGAACUUGACCAGCGGCUAUUUCUUCUUAUAAGGAAGUUGUGAAGCCCUUGUUCUAAUUUGAUUCUUUAGCUGUUGUUCCUGAUGCCAUCUUAUUAAGGGCAAAAUUAUUGCCUUGAUUGAGAUUUUCUCACUUGUCUUCAGUGUCUAAACAGAAUUUGAACAUGGACAACUUAAACUAUGUGGUGUAUUUGAAUCUUAUGUGGCUAAUCAGGCAUGUAACUUAAAGUUUUUUUUUUUAA